AUGGGAGUAGACACACGAAGACCGCCUCUACCAGCACCGACGGACGUCAGUUCCGCCGACAACGGCAGCGCCAUAGCCGACGAUCUCGCAACAGACAUCUCGCGCCGGACCGAUCGCACGUCGUACUCCAUACCCGAGGACGGUAGCCCGAUCACGGUCACAACCGACAAGGUCAGGAGCAAGAAGGAAGGUCUCGGACACGGGCGCAAUAAGUCGCAGACAUCACUCCUGAUUGAGUACUUUGAGGGCGGGAAAUCGGGAGAUAAAACGCACUCCCGACCCAGCGUUCGAGUGCGGGUAACUCCAUCAUCUGGCCGGAAGCACAAGAUUGGAAGCGAUCAAAUACAGAUCACGCAGGUCGGGAAGGACAGGAAGCCAUCUUACACUCGGCGCAUUUCAUUAGGCACGCCCAACCGCGAGCAGAAGCCCGCUUUGCCCGAAGGCACUGAGGUCUCCGUGUCCUCCGAGUCGAAUCUCAGUGGGCGCCCUCCUGUCGAGAUCGAGGUGCUCGAGAACGUUAGCGAGCUGUCUAGGUCGGAGCUCUCUGCCGGAAGAUACAUUCCUGCCCCUUCCGAUAUCUCGUCUAUGCCACCGGACAGCAUGCUGGAAGGUGAAGCAAGCACACAGAGCCCGCCACGGCCAAGAAGCAGGAGCUUGGAGAGGGAUGAGGUAAUGAGCCCAGACCACCUGAAAGCUCCGUCGCGGAGAAGGAGUCGAAGCUUGAGUCGCGAGCGUAUCACACAAAAAGUCAUGGAAAAGCUUGCAAGCCAGGCAGUGGACCCUCCCCAGAAGCAAAAGAAGACAAGGAGUCGCGAAAGCAGCAUUAGCAAAGAUCGGUUGCCAGAAGCUGAGAGGUCGUCAAGGCGGAGAUCGAGCAGGAGUGAGCGGAGCGAAGACAUCGUGCCGGGUGCGGAGUCCAGCUUGCUCACGUCGAACAUCAGCCGCAGAUCUGGAGAUGCGCAGUCAAUUCGAUCAGGGACUUCCGCCGCAUCGUCCAUCAACAACCCCAAACUGCUCCAGACCGUCGAGGAUGCCAUUCGUCGCCUUAUCAUCCCUGAGCUGAACGCAUUGAAAGAGCAACAGAAGACACAGGAAAACAGGAGCAACUUUGAACGCACAGCACGGGAUUCAAUUGCAACGACUGCCACAGCGGAUUCUCGCGAAGACAUGCGACGUCGCGUGUCGAAGACUGGAAGCGCUCCGAAUCUAUCUGAGAAGCCAAAGGUUGUCCUCAAUCGCAGCGGCGACGACCCAGGCUUGACACUUUCCGGCGACUCAACCAAGGGCAAGAAGGUGCGGCGCACCAGCCGCGGGUCAACCGAAAGGAGCGCAUCCUACGGUCUCGACGACUCCUUGGACACGGUGAUCCGCGAUGAUGAGAAGGUUCACCAAAAGAAGAGCAAAGAUCGCCAUGCCUUGAAAGAGGCUGCGGCCGUCGGUGCCGCUGGAGGGUUGACUGCCGCUGCUCUUCGACACCAUGACUCCAUUUCCAGCACGGACACCAGAGAUACUAGAGAACGGAGGAAGAAGCGAAGCAAGAGCAAGAGCAGAAGCCGUACCGCUAGCAUAUCCGAUUUGCCUGACGACUGGAACAAGGAGGACAUCCCUCCAAUGCCCAUGCAGAGCGAGAUCCCGUCGGAUGUUACACGGGAAUCAAUACUCACCGCCGAAACAGAGAGGCCAGUAUCGAGGUCAUCAAGAGGAGGAUCUUCGACUCCUGUGCGCGAUCCUAUCGUGCGUGAGGUCAGCCGCGGAACGCCUCGAGAAAUGAUGUCGCCGGCGCCAAGAACGCCAAAUCGGACACCGCUCGGAAGCGCAGCGGCACGAGGACUUUACAGUCAGGGCAAUCGAUCCCAGGGGGAGAUCAGUCUUCCAAAAAGCGCCAAAAGCGACAGAAGCAUAUCGACAAAGGCCCGGCAUGCCGCUCUCGCUGCCGCUGGCCUAGGUGGCCUCGGUUCUCCCACGACGUACCACAAAGCGACCACUCACGAUCUUGUUAGUAAAGACAUCGACGCGCACACUGACCAGGAUGGCUAUUCUCAACACUCUCCAACUCGCGAGGUCAGUCCGGUGCAGAGCAUUGCGAGCUAUAUGGAGGGCGAUGAUCCUGGUCAUAUGGCUGUACCUCGUUCCGCUAAGAGUGUAGCAUCGCUCUCCUCUGCUGGCCGUGCAGCCAGCCGGCAGAGGUCGAACCUUUCAAUCGACUCCCUGGAAUCGUCGCCGAGCACAAAGGUCGCCCGAUCGAGGAGACGGCCGCAAGGUAUCAAUCUUGAGAGGAAGUCAGAUAUCCUUAUGGAUGACCCUUUGCACGACUCCGAGCUUGCAUAUGAGUCUGGCACCCGUACACCGAAGGACGUUGGUGAAUUCUUUGAUCAUGAACACGAAGUUAAUGAGCAAUAUCGUUCGGACCUUGAGUACGACAGUCAAAACGGUUCGUCUCUUCUAGAUGACAAGCAUUUCAGCCAGUAUACUCGGUACACCGACACUAGCAUGGAUGUACCAGUCACGGCUGAGAACGAUAUCCGUGGUGUCGGCGCGAAUCCCGAAUAUGUUCGUACGCCGGUAGCUGUAGAGUCGGCGGUUGCUUCUCUUCACGAGCCGUCUACUUUGAGCGUGCGAUCGUCCGGCUCCGGUCCGCUCAAACACUCUUUUGGCUCCCAACCCAACGUCUUUGGGGCACGUCAGGACGUGGUCGUAGAGGAUCGAUCUAUUUCUGGCAGUGUAACUCCGCAUCGAGGCUACGAACAUCCCAGCCAAGAAAGGUGGCAUGCGAUCCGUGAUCAGGCGAAGGCUCUGUCAAGCGCUUCUCCACAGAACCGUACCGUCACCGCUCCGUCGCAGGAUCGGCCUGUAACUGCUUCACCUCAACAGAGCGUUAGCCGAACUGUUUCUGAAAAGUCCAUGCCCCGGAUGGGUGCGAGUGCGUUCCCAGGACAAGAUGAGUAUAUGCCUGAGAUCGGAUAUGGGCUUGAAGACGACGAGUCGGAAUUGACAACAAAUCCUUCAGAAAUCCAGGGUCCCAUCGGCGCUGGCCAGAACCGCUGGACGAGAGAUCCCGAACUCACACCUCCUCUGUCUCGUAAUAUGCUUGACGAAGAACGUAUGUACGAGCAGCCGGAGCUGGGCACGGCAAAAGCAGUUGCAGUUGGUGGUGCUGGCGCUACUGCUGCAGGCAUUGCCGCUGCCGCUGCGGCUCGUAUCAACCGUGAUAAGCAGCCGGAGACCUACCAGCCAACCCGUGGCCAACAACCGUCUGUGAAAGAUGAGCAUGAUGAUGAGGACACAGUUGAACGCAGCUUCCAUCAUGAUUCAUAUGCUGCUCGCGAGAACGUCACAUCGAUCAGCCCGCCUGGUCACUGGAAGGACGAAGGCUACAUCUCCGCCCCGCAUGCAGGCGGUAUCACUCCAGAACCAUAUCAACAGCCACUGAUGGGCAAUGCGCCCAAGCUGUUCGAUGAGGAGGCCGAGAAUGAGUUUGAUGCCGACCCGUUUGUAGGGAAGAACCGGGGUCACAUCCGCCAAGUCAGCGGCAACUCUCAUGGCAUGGGCUCUCCGAUCUACGACAGUGCUACAGGAAAGGGUAUCGAUCGCAUCCAGUCUAAGGAUGUCGUUGCGCUCAUGGAUCACCUCACUGUUCGCGAUGCUCAACGCAAUGCUCGUGAUACCGAGAUUCUGGUGACCCUUGUGCGCAGCGCAGCUGAGAUGAGGAACUCGUUCGAGGAGAUGAAGAGGUUCAUUGCGGAGCAGGAUCGCCUGAUCAUGAGCAACACCGACAGAGAUGCAGAGAUGACAGUCCAGAAGGUGCUCGGAGGUCCGCGACCGCAGCCUCUUGGUUCUCCGAGGGUGCCGCGGCAGCGGUCAACUGAAGAUGCGGAGGAUUUGCCGACUAAGAGGAAAAAUGUCUUCAAACGGGCUUUAAAGGGCCUGAGUAUGCGAAGUUCAAACGAUCUCGCGAACAUUGAAGCCAUGCUUAUGCAGCUGCUGGAUGAAGUGGAAGGAUUGAAGGAUACUCAAGGUGUGCAAAGGACAUCACUCGAGCCUUCUCAUAGCCUGGACUCGUACGAAAAGAUGAGAGCCGCCGAUACAGGAUACGAGCCCGAGGGUCAAGCUGGCACCUCAUCGACACCUGGGCAGUCCGGCUACUUUUCAAACACUUCCUCGCGCCAGGUGAACGGCAUGCACUCGGGCUACGAUGGACGCCGAGCGUCUGAUUCUGGCCACCGUAUCAGUACUGUUCUCGAGCGGGACGAAGAGGACGAUGACUAUGACCAGGCCACACCACCUGCGAACCAGGAUUAUGGCAACGAAGAACGGCUCCUCACCCCAACACAAGAGGUGAGGCGGGACAGAUCCGUGUCGCAGGAGACUCCGCCCCAACCCGCUGCGGCCUAUGUCAGUCCCGAGAGUCCGGAGCGCUCUUCCAAGAAGAAACACAAAUCGGGCAGUUCUUCGCUUUUCGGGUUCCCCAAGAUCUCCAGGUGGUCCAAGACAACCUCAUCAACCGCGCAAGAGACGACCCCGCGCAUGAGCGGUAGCCGCAAGGAGCGCCCAUCUUCGGAAGCCUCACGCUCAGGCUCAAACGUCAACCUUGCGAACAACUACUACGACGGCUACGAAGUCCAAGACGAUGAUCGUCUGCGGUCCAACGCCUCGCUCGCCGCGCAGCAGCAAGCCCAGGUGUCAGCCGACCUGGCCAACGCCCGCUCGCCUUCCCCUCUCAUCCCAGAGAGCCCAACGGACGACCCGAAAUACCAAGCCCACCGCAACUCUCUGAAUCUCAUGCACCCGCAGCCGCGCCAGGGCCCCACGCACCGCCACCAAAGCCACCUCGAAUCGCAAGCCUAUAACUACGAGGGCUCGCCCGCCACCCCCGACGCAGACUUCUACGGCUCGGCGCCUGCACUGGCGCUCAACCGCAACAGGAUGAGUACGGGCACGCAGGGGACGGCGGGGAAUUACUCCCCGGUGUCGGAGGGCAGCUACAGCGCGCACUCUGCGGCUGAGCAGGCGGGUCCGCCACGGUCGAGCAGACUGAGGGACGAUGGGCCACUGGUUCCGCAGCAGCCGCCUAGGAUCCAGGAGCCGGAGAGUAUGGGGGCGCCGAAGAUGAUGAUGUACAGUAGCCCGCCGGGCAGCGGACACCAGCUCGCGCCGAUUGAGGAGAGGUAUAGCAUGGAAGGCGAUAGUGCGAGGCUUCUUACGCCCUCGCCUCAACCGAACCAAAGCAUGCAGUCGCCCGCCCGCAGAAUCACGGGCCCCCGGCCCAUGGGCUCGAGGAGCCCGAGUCAGACGAACGGUGCGCCGCUGUAUGGGAACUCCGGCACCGUGAGGAGGAAGCCUGUUGAUCAGAGGUCGCUUGAAUCAUAUCGCGACAGCUUCGAGAGCGAGACGUUCUGA